AAAGGAUUGCUUCUAGUGCAACUAAGCAAAACCCAAAGGGAGCUCAGUGAUGUUAGCAAUUACAUUUGGACUUAUAGCUUUACAAAAUUAGCUCCUGUUAGGAUGAUGAAUAUUUAAGAGCCUGCCCUGAUUGUCAUAUAACAAUUGAAGCUCUUGUCAAAGGUGGAAAUAAGAGAUAAUUCCCUGAGAUCCAAUAGCUUCUAUGUCCUUUCCUAGAAGGUUAUUCUUCUUGUAGAGAUUACUAGUAGCUGCAAGAGGUUAGGUUGUUGGAUUGCUGCCUUGAAACAGUUUAGUUUUUGCAAUGAAUCUGGAAGAGAGAUGAUGCUCUGAAUUGGAGAAUCAGUUAUAGGAAUUGAAAUAUGAAACUUGCAAGCAAUCAUUUGAAAUUUAAGAAACAGAAAAGAAAAAGCUGUUUGGACACAGAAUGCUGCCAAAGAGAUAAGCAACUUUUAAACGCAAAGUGAAUAGAAAAAAAGUUUCUAAAAUGGGAGAUUAUACUUAUUAAGGAAAAAAGAUUUUCCAUUAACCACAAGAUGCACUACAACAAACGUGAUUAAUAACAGGUAAUCUGCUUUUUUGAUGUCACUGGUAGUUAUCUUGUCUAAGACGAUUGCCCUCCUUUUACUGAACACCUGCUAAAGAUUUAUGGUGAGACACUAAACACUAGCAUAUAUUAUUCCGUUUCACUUGUUAUGGCCACUCAUAAUGCACCUAUUAAAAUCGGCAUUAAAUAAAAGAAGCCAUGGAGUUGGAUAAUGGUAGUAUAGAAAUACUGUUAUUGGUGGUUCCCUGUAAAAUGCUGCCAAAUAUACUGAAUUUGUCAUGAUAUUUUCCAUUCUUUACCUUUUUUUCCCCGUCUUAUUCUUAGUAUUACUAUGCCCAUCAAUAUUCUCUUGUUAUAAGCAUUAGAAAAAUUAAAACUUAAAUAUUUGUGAACAUAAUACAACAAAAAUUUUGUUCAUGUCUAUACUUGUGUCAUUGAGCAUGUAUAUGCAGUGGAGUAGACAAUCAAGGUCAGAACUUAUCGUGCACAUAUUGCAUAAUAAAUGUUGGAAAUUUUUCCAUAGUUGUCCUAUUAAAUUACAUGCCAUAUAUUCAUCCAUAUAAUUACAAUUAGAAACAGUUAUGGUUUAGGUCAAGUAAAUUCAUAAGUAUUGUUCAAAAUUUUUCUGUUUGAAAGGUUUCUCCAUUUAUCACUAUCCAGUGUCCCUACUUUAGAAUUUGCUCAUAAAAAACCAUGAGCUGUUCAGUUACAAUGUUACCAUAUAUGGUAUUUAACCAUAUAUGGUAAUGACCAUGCAUGCCUCUGUAUCUAUAAUUUUCCAGAAGAAUGUGUGUGCCAUUUAUUCCUUCUCUGCAUUCUUAACCAUGGGUAGAAAGAAGAUUAAGCAUGAGUUGAUUUCUAAUGAAUCUGUCAGGAAAGUAACUCUAAAGAAAAGGAAGGCUGGGCUACUGAAGAAGCUGAAUGAACUGACAACCUUGUGUGGUGUUGCUGCUUGUGCAAUAAUUUUCAGUUCUUGUGAUACACAACCGGAUGUUUGGCCUUCCAAAAUUGAGGCAUUUCAUGUUAUUGAAAAGUUCAAUAAUUUACCUGCAAAGAAACGAGAUAAGAAUAUGAUGGACCGACACGUUUUUCUUAGUCGAAGCAUAUUGCAGUUGAAUGAAAGAUUGGAGAAGCAAAGAAAGAAAAACCAAGAGCUGGAGAUGGAACUUGUUUUGGCUGAACACAUGGCAGGUGAGAAUAACUGUGAUUUGAAUAACUUAGAACAGUUGAAAGAAUUGGUUCAUCUAUUGCAGGACGAUAUUAAGUUUGUCACCAAUAAGAUUGAGAGUAAGGGGUUUAAAGUCUAAUCAUGUUAGUAGGAAAUGAAAAAAAAGUAAAGCAUACUUGAGGUUUAAGGUUCAUUUGGCAACGUGAUGGGAGUUCAUUUGCCAGGGUGUGUGAUGGGAGUGUAGGCUCAGCGUGAUGUGAUGGGAGUUUGACGUGGUGGAGUCUCCCUCCCACUCUGCCAUAGCAUAGUUUUGAAUCCGCAAUGUCGAAUGGAAUACAUGCUUUUUCGAAUAAGAUUAAAUGUGAAGAGUACUUUUGCUAAUUUGAUUAAGAAACAUCUCUUUUGCUCUACAUGAAUAAAGUUUAAACUGCUUUCAUUUGUAGUGUUCUCAGAAUAAUUAUCUAGCAUUGCCAAAUUCUUUAUCCUUUUUUCUCUACGUUUCACCUUUAUCUGCAUUCCUUCAUAUUGCUACCUGC